AUGGCCACCAACGCAUCGGGACUGUUGAACGUAGGAUCCAGGAGCCAAGAUGACAUUGGGACCGUGGGAUCUCUCACAAGAGUAGACGUGUGCCUGCUCGGCUCAGCAGAUUCAUACACAAGCAGGCCCUCGGACUCUGAUGUCUCUUUGGAAGAAGACAGGGAAGCAAUCCGCCAAGAGAGAGAACAGCAAGCAGCUAUACAGCUUGAAAGAGCAAAGUCCAAACCAGUAGCAUUUGCUGUUAAGACCAAUGUGAGUUACUGUGGAGCACUGGAUGAAGAUGUUCCUGUCCCAAGCACUGCUAUCUCUUUUGAUGCCAAGGAUUUUCUACAUAUUAAGGAGAAAUACAAUAACGACUGGUGGAUAGGAAGGCUGGUUAAAGAGGGCUGCGAGAUCGGCUUUAUUCCAAGCCCCCUUAGACUGGAGAACAUCCGCAUUCCAAAAAAAGGUUCUUUCCAUGGAGGGAAAUCGAGUGGGAAUUCUUCUUCGAGCCUCGGAGAAAUGGUUUCUGGCACGUUUCGAGCCACCCCCACUUCUACUGCAAAACAGAAACAGAAAGUGACAGAACAUGUUCCUCCAUAUGAUGUAGUACCAUCAAUGAGGCCUGUUGUCUUAGUGGGUCCCUCACUGAAAGGAUAUGAGGUGACAGACAUGAUGCAGAAAGCUCUCUUUGACUUCCUGAAGCACAGGUUUGAUGGGAGGAUAUCAAUAACUAGAGUGACAGCUGACAUUUCUCUUGCUAAGAGGUCUGUUCUAAAUAAUCCAAGCAAGAGGGCAAUAAUUGAACGGUCAAAUACAAGAUCCAGUUUAGCUGAAGUACAGAGCGAAAUUGAAAGAAUCUUUGAGCUGGCCAGGUCCUUACAGCUGGUUGUGCUGGACGCAGACACGAUCAACCACCCCGCACAACUUAUCAAGACAUCUCUAGCACCAAUUAUUGUCCAUGUUAAAGUGUCUUCUCCAAAGGUUUUGCAGCGACUGAUUAAAUCUAGAGGAAAGUCCCAAAGUAAACACUUGAACGUGCAGUUGGUGGCAGCUGAUAAACUUGCACAAUGCCCACCAGAGAUGUUCGACGUGAUCCUGGAUGAGAACCAGCUCGAGGACGCCUGCGAGCACCUGGCCGAGUACCUGGAGGCGAUCAGGAAAACUCACACUGAAGAUGAAAAUCACCCCUGUGCAGUGGGCUGGCUGAAGAGCCAGCGUAUGAGACACAGCAACCACUCUGCAGAGAACUCUCCCAUCGAACGACGAAGCCUAAUGACCUCAGAUGAAAACUACCACAACGAAAGGGCUCGGAAGGGCAGGAACCGCUUGUCUUCCAGUUCCCAGCACAGCCGAGAUCACUAUCCUCUAGUGGAAGAAGAAUACUCUGACUCAUACCAGGACACGUACAAACCCCAUCGGACCCGAGGAUCCCCCGGCGGGUACAGCCAUGACUCGCGGCACCGGCUUUGA